GAGGGGAAGAGGAUGUGAUCAUGAGGUCACCAGCAGAAGGGAAAUUGUGAAAGAGACCUCAGUGUAAAAAGGGAAGCCCACAACGGCCUAGGUUCUCAGAGGAGGUUGAGCUUCUGAGAGGACGUGCCUGAGAGUGGACAUAUCUAUCCACCUGUCCAUCCAGCAUGGAACCAAAGCGGAUCAGGGAGGGCUACCUUGUGAAGAGGGGGAGUGUAUUUAACACCUGGAAACCCAUGUGGGUAGUACUGCUAGAAGAUGGAAUUGAAUUCUAUAAGAAGAAAAGUGACAAUGGCCCCAAAGGAAUGAUCCCCCUGAAAGGAAGCACUUUGACUAGCCCUUGUCUUUACUUUGGCAAAAGGAUGUUUGUGUUUAAGAUCACUACAACCAAACAGCAGGACCACUUCUUCCAGGCAGCCUUCCUGGAGGAGAGAGAUGCUUGGGUUCGGGACAUCAAGAAAGCCAUUAAAUGCAUUGAGGGAGGCCAGAAGUUUGCAAGAAAAUCCACGAGGAGGUCCAUUCGCCUGCCAGAAACCAUUGACCUAGGUGCCUUGUAUAUGUCCAUGAAAGAUACUGAAAAAGGAGUAAAAGAACUCAAUCUGGAGAAGGACAAGAAGAUUUUUAAUCACUGCUUCACAGGUAGCUGCGUCAUUGACUGGCUGGUAUCCAACAAGUCGGUUCGAAAUCGUCAGGAAGGCCUCAUGAUUGCCUCAUCCUUGCUCAAUGAAGGAUACCUGCAGCCUGCUGGGGAUCUGUCCAAGAAUGCAGCAGAUGGAAUUGCUGAAAACCCUUUCCUGGACAACCCCGAUGCCUUCUACUACUUCCCAGACAGUGGGUUCUUCUGUGAAGAGAAUUCCAGCGAUGAUGACGUGAUUCUGAAGGAAGAAUUCAGAGGGAUCAUUAUCAAGCAGGGAUGUCUACUGAAGCAGGGUCAUAGGAGGAAAAACUGGAAGGUGAGAAAGUUCAUUCUGAGAGAAGACCCUGCCUACCUGCACUACUAUGAUCCUGCUGGGGGGGAAGAGCCCCUGGGAGCAGUUCAUUUGAGAGGCUGUGUGGUGACAUCUGUGGAGAGCAGCACAGAUGGCAAGAAGAGUGAUGAAGAUAACCUGUUUGAGAUCAUCACAGCUGAUGAAGUUCAUUAUUUCUUGCAAGCAGCCACCCCAAAGGAGCGUACUGAAUGGAUCAAAGCUAUACAGGCAGCCUCACGGACUGGGAAGUGAAGACACCCCUGAAGGUCCUCGUUCCCUCCUGAGGGAAGCCGGUGGACAAGCUCAGUCCAGGACCUGUCCCUUCUGUGACAGUUCAACCAAAAAGGGCCCAAGGGUGGGAAGACUUUUCCUGAAUGUAACUAACCGUGUGCCACUCGAUGUUCAUCUGCACCACCUCACUUGCUGUACCUCUAUAUACCUCUCUGUGUCCCCAAGCUGUGUGGCCUGGGUAGGUUACUUAGCCUCUGCAGACCUCAGGGCCUCUUCUGGAAAAUGAAGGAGGUGAACUAGGAGAUCUUUGAGACCCUCUUCAGCUUAAGAAACAAAAACAAAACAAAGCAAAACAAAAAAAAAAAACCCAGCAAAAUAAUGCCCUACAAUUCAUUCUAAUACCCAGUAACGGUGUCCUUCCUUGGCUAAAUCUUGGCCUUAGCUGCGCCAAACCUGAGACAGUUUCUCCCUUUGAAACUGUUGCCAAUCUGUCCAGAGAACACCAGCCAAAAACCUUGUGUCUCUUUAGCCCCCUUACCCUUGCUCUUGGCCAUGAGAUUACAUGAUGAAAGAGAGAACCUCUCUUAUUCCUUCCAUACCUGCCCACACCUCCUGAGAGCAGGGGGGCUUUUUGAGUUAACCCUUCUUUGAAUUUUUACAGUCUGGGAAGCUAUGUCUUCUGAGAAAAAGACCCAAGGAAGCCAAGAGUCACUGAGGGUUAUAUCCAGAACUGGAAGUCGCCCAGAGCAGGUGCAUUCCACUACCACUUGAGCCUGAUCUUAGGAUAGAUCCUUGGUCCUUUCUAGAACAUUUCUCUACCAUUUACUAUCAUUAGGAAGGGUGAUCCAAAAAUCUAUGAGUUCAAAAAAAGUCCUGUGUGUUCCCUGCAUAAGUGAGGACCCUGGGCAGCUGCCUGGCUAGUGUGUCUCCUGGGAUGCAGAGUGGAAGGCUGGACAGAAGGCAGGCUGAGUGGUGAUGGGUUUAUACACCAUCAUCAAUAAAAGCCUCAGCUCUACAUGGAGCUUGUGGUGAAAGCCACCAGCAUUGUACAGUACCUUCAAUGCUCAGGCUCUCCCUACGGGGCUGUGUCCAGGACUUACGCUCAAGCAACAGCAGCUCCGACUUGGGUUCUAAGGGCUUCCUGGCCCUGUGAUGAGCCAGUGUGACCUGACCUACUUUGAAAUGGAAACAUGUUUGCAAUUUUUUUACCUUGACCACCAACUAGUGAUUCUCUUCCAACUUUGAGAAAGACAGCACCUGUAGAACCAGCUUUGCAUGCAAGGUGCAUUUUCCCACUCCAGAUGUUUGAUUUUAUGGCCCCAGUAAGGAAAGGCAAAGAGGAAAUUCUUCCUGAUUUUGUCAGCUCUUCUCUUGACCUCCCUCUAUCCCCCUGCACUGUUCAUGAGGCUGUUCCUACUCUCAGAUUGUUUCACCAGUGGUCGGAGGUAAAGGACUAUCUUUUACUCUGAUCCAUUAGCACAUUGUCUUCAUAGAAAAUGCACAAGAGUUUUGCUACAUCCAGUGUUAACAUAUUUAUUAAUAUGGAGUCAACAUAUGUCUUAAAAUAAGUAUGACUUACAUUAGUGUCUUUUUGGUGUGGUGACUCUAUUUUGCUUCACACUACUGACCCCUUUUCUACAACUCACUUUUAUUUACUGGGUAUAAUAAGAUUGCCUUUCAUCUCCAAGUAAUUUCUAUGACCUUAUGAUCUCUCAAAAUAAAGUCAGUCUAGGAAAUACUAAAAAUAUGCAAAAGAACAGAUAAGGCUUAAGGAACAGGAAAAUCUAUGAGUAGCCUAUAUUUCUGUUUUUUUAAAAUAAACCACCUUGAUUACAAUGUU